AAUCUAGAGAAAAACAAAGUUUUCUGGUGGGCGAUUCAAUGAUGAAUUUUCCAGUUUUUUUAUUUUUUGUUUUAUUUUAUUCUGCAUUAUUAAAGUUUUGAUUUUAUUUUUUGGUACGUAGAGGCGUGGGCGGGGCUAUAUAUAUAUCCCAGUAGAGCUCUAUAUUCGUUUUAUCAUAAAUUAAUUAACGCCAACAUAUUGUACACAUAUUUUUAAUAUAAUUUAAGCAAAAAUGUUGUCAAUUUUUUUAAAAUCAAUUAUCCUGAUUUCCGCUUUUGGAAUUGGAACAGCAAAUCAACUGAGAAAGAUUCAGAGAACUCACACACCCCAAAGACUUACCAAUGGGGACAUAAAACAAUUGGCUGCCCUAUCAAACGUAACACACCUCAAUCAGGCAAUAGACAACAUACUUAUCCCUAGAGUAGUAGGCACAAAAAACCAUGAAAAAGUCUUCAAGUAUAUUUCAUCUGAAUUGGAAAACUUAGGUUGGGAUGUCGAAGUCGAUGAAUUUCAAGAGGAUACACCCAACUUUGGCCGGUUAACAUUUAAAAACAUUAUAGGGUCACUAAACCCUGAUGCUGACCGAUUUUUGGUGCUCGCCUGUCAUUAUGACAGCAAAUAUUUUGCUAAUCAAGUCUUUGUGGGUGCUAUAGAUUCCGCGGUCCCAUGUGCCAUGUUGCUCAACUUAGCCAAAGUGCUCAAACCACAUUUAGACUCAAUAAAAUCGAAUGAUAAUCUCAGUUUGAAGUUAGUGUUUUUCGACGGUGAGGAGGCUUUUGAGAGCUGGGGCCCCAAAGAUUCGAUUUAUGGGGCGCGUCAUUUGGCUGGCGAAAUGCACAAAAAGCGGGGAUUAACGAGGACCACCGGAGAGCAAGUUAGUGACUUGCAAAAGAUCGAUAUGCUGGUACUGUUAGACUUGAUUGGGCAUAGGAAUGUUAAUUUUUUUAAUUAUUUUGCUGACACUUCCGGAUGGUUUUCAAGACUGGCUGGUGCAGAAGACCGUUUGGAGAAGCUUCGAUUGCUCAAUCCGAGGGAUACGAAGUAUUUUAUUAGGAGGGACUUUUUCACUGGGAACAUUGAGGAUGAUCACUUACCAUUUUUAAGGAGAAAUGUGCCAAUUCUUCAUCUGAUUCCGAUUCCAUUCCCGAAAGAAUGGCACACUCCUAACGACGACAGGAAUAUAAUUGAUAUUAAAACCGUCGAAAAUCUCAAUAUGAUAUUAAGGAUAUUUUUGGCCGAAUACUUACAUAUUUUAAUACACGUUUUAUGUUAAAUAUAGUUGGAUACCUCAGAAGACAUUCCAGAGAAAGAAUUAUAAGGGGAUGCGCGGCAUUUUCUACUCAUUUAAGACUUAAAACAUUUAAAUUUUCUUGGCACUUUAUUACUUAUAAUUGUUGAUUUUGUGAUAUUUUUCUGAAAGUAUUUUUUACCAUAUACGUAUGACGAUAUAUUUCUCAUUAAAUACAUUUACAUUUAAAAUGCC